AUGGGAGAUACCAAAGCAAGAAAGGAAAUUGAAGGAACUUCUCAGAAUACUCCAAUCACCAAGGAAACUGCUGCUUAUCUGGAGCAAAAUUUGCUGAGGUUUCGAGAGGAACUAGACCAGGUCCGGAGUUUGGCAAGUCUAUCCAUCACCCUUGCUGCUGCAGAUGUCAAUAACCAGAUCCCUGCCCCUCCACAAAAGACUCCACAACCUGCUCAAACCCAAGCUCGCAACAAUGCUCCACUGCUCAUCCCUGAGCCCCAAAACACUCCAAACAACCAAGACACCCCUAUCUUUGUGGACACCAACUUGGCUGCUGAACUCAAGAAACUCACUAGCAGGGUUCAAGGCGUGGAAGGGCUGAAUUAUGAGGAUCUUUGUGUUCAAUCCGAUGUCGAACUCUCGGAGGGGUACAAACCUCCUAAGUUCGAAAUGUUCGACGGUACUGGUGAUCUCAGGGUUCACCUUAAAAUGUAUUGUGACAAGUUAGUAGGAGUUGGCAGAGAUGAAAAGAUCCGCAUGAAGCUGUUCAUAAGGAGCUUGAAAGGUGAUGCUUUAUCUUGGUAUAUCAGCCAGGAUGCGAAGAAGUGGACGAGUUGGGUGAACAUGGCGUCCGAUUUUAUGGACCGUUUCAGGUCGGAAGCUGCCAAGGUCAGACCAGCUUUGGAAGAAGAACAAAUGAACAGGUUCUUCGUCCGUGCUCAAGAUCUGCAGUACUACGAGAGAUUAAUGCUGAUAGAGGGGCAGAAGUUCUCUGACAUCAUCAAACUGGGAGAAAGAAUCGAAGUGGGCAUCAAAAAUAGUAUGGUUACUAAUCUUGAGGCACCGCAAGCCACCAACAAAGCCUUGCAGUCUGGUGGUACAUCGAAGAAAAAGGACGUAAAUUCCGUAAUGGCUUCGCAGAGAAACCAUUCUCCCAUGAAAUAUCAACCAUAUCCUCCAACUCCACUCACAUACCAACCCUCCCUAAGUUACCAAGCACCUCCACCUACCUACCAAAAUCCACCACCCGUCUACCAGUCAUAUCCACCACCUACAUAUCAACCCACCUCGCCAAGAUAUUCCCAACCUGCACCCCUAUACCAAGCUUACAACUCCCAACCUCCUCACUAUCCAUCACCGCCUACCUGCCAAAACUUCCUACGACCUAGACCAAACUUUGACCGCAAACCUCCCAGACAAUAUACUGCCAUUGCCGAGCCCAUUGACAAACUAUACAAGAAGCUCAAAGCUGUCGGAUAUGUUACACCCAUCCCAGCCAUAACCCCAGAAAACCCUUCUCAGUGGAUCAAUCCAAACAAGACCAACGCAUACCAUUCCGGGAUGAAAGGCCAUACCAUCGACGAGUGCCGCUCACUGAAAGGCAAAAUCCAUACCUUAAUUGACAAUAAGGUCAUUAUAGAAAAGGAGCCCAUUCCCAAUGUUCGCAACAACCCUCUACCAGACCAUAAGGGUGGAGGCAUCCACAUGAUUGUGGUUGAGGACGAUUGGGACCCCAAAGGGUCAAUUGGUUUAAUAGCUGACAGAGAUGAGCCCAAGAAGCCAGCACCAUCUGAAGGCGAUGUGGUGAACGUGUCUGUGCCGUUUGAGUUUGAAGCACCUCCUGCAAAGGUGCCGAAAUCGAUCGAAGUUGUGUUUGGGACUCCGAAGGUGCCCGCACCAAUUGAAGUUACUUUGUUACCACCGAGGGUGCCUAUUCCGAUCUCCAUGUCAGCUAUAACCCCAUUUCAGUCAAAUGCCAUACCUUGGGACUACACCACCGAGGCCAGAAGGAAAGGAAAGACAUGCAUUGGAGAAGCAAUCGCCGCACAGGGCAUGACUAGAAUAGGCAGGGUAUACACGCCAGAGCAUCUAGCUGAGUCCAGCAAGCAGGCCUCUGGGCUUCCUGUCGAAAUCGGACCUGACGACUUUUGGAGGAAGAUACAGGCUAAAGAAUAUUCAGUCGUUGAGCAGCUAAACAAAACUCCGGCACAGAUCUCCAUCUUGGCACUUCUACAAAGUUUCGAGGCACAUAAAAAUGGCUUGAUGAAGAUAUUGAGCGAAGCUUAUGUUCCCAGCAACAUGACAGGGGGAGAGAUGGCAAACAUGGUGGGACAGGUGCUGGAGAGUCACAAAAUCACUUUCCAUGAAGAUGAAUUACCACCGAAAGGGCUCAUCCAUAACAAAGCACUGCACAUCACUGUGCAUUGUGAAGAUCACAUUAUCACUAGGAUCUUGGUCGACGGGGGUUCUAGCCUCAGUAUUUGCCCAUUGAUCACCCUCAGGACGUUGGGCAAAGGUUUGCACGAGAUAAAAGAUGGAGCUAUUAACGUUAAGGCUUUCGAUGGAUCUCAGAGGUCCACCCUCGGGGAGAUUAGCCUGUGUUUGAAAAUGGGGCCUACUUGGUUUGAUGUUGAUUUCCAAGUCAUUGACGUGCCAGCAUCCUAUAAUCUAUUGCUGGGAUGA